CACAAAUGAAAGUGUAAACAAAUAAAUAUCAGAAAAAGACAAUGAGAAACGGGCAAAAAAUAAAAAAAUAACAACUUUUGCAGAGGAGGAGGAGAAUCAGCUAAAUUUGGGUGGUGAUCUUUUGUAAAACACCAAAAUAAAUCUUUGAUAUUUGGGUUAUUUCUGGUUAUCUUCGCUCUACUCAGAUGACUUUACAUAUCUGCAGUUGUGCUUCUUGGUGCAAUUGAACUAUCAGUUGCUACGUUGCAAAUCAGUUAUAGGAGGGUAUUUCUGGUGGAAAGCUUCAAUUUCGAAGAAUUUCAUAAGUUGUAUCGUGGUUUUCCAAGGGGUUUAUCUUUGUUUUCACAGUAUUGAGGAUAAUUAAUGUGAGACAUCAUUUUGGUGUUUCAAAUAACAAGUUUUUUCGUGACAAGGUGUGAUGGAAAUAUCAUUGUUGAAAGCACUUCUCAAUAACAUCUCAUGUUUUUUGUGUUUAUCAUCCAUUGACAACUUAAGCUUGGACCUGGUUCAGAAGUAUUGGCAGAAGGCAGAAGAGAUAUUGAAGCUGUUGAAGCCAAUACUUGAUGCCAUUGUUGACUCCGAAAUAGCUUCUGAUGAAGUGCUUAAUAAGGCAUUUCAUGAAUUGGGCCAAUCUGUUGAUGAAUUGAGGGAUCUCUUUGAAAACUGGCAACCAUUGUCAAGUAAAGUUUAUUUUGUUCUGCAAAAUGAAUCAUUAAUAUUGAAGAUUCGGACUUUGGGUCUGGAUUUUUUUCAGCUGUUGAAGUCUUCCCAUGAACAUCUCCCUGAUGAAUUAAGUUCAUCAUCUCUUGAGUACUGCUCACAAAAAAUUAAGCAAAUGGGAUAUGAACAAAUAUCAUCUAUUGUUAGGGAAGCUAUAAGGGACCAGGUGGAGAGUGAUGGAUCCAGCUCAGAGAUCCUGGUGAAAAUUGCAGAGGGCUUAAGCUUGAGGUCCAAUCAGGAGAUUCUCAUUGAAGCAGUGGCCCUUGAGAAGUUGAAGGAGAAUGCUGAACAAGCUGAAAACACCAGGGAGGCUGAGUUAUUUGAUCAAAUGAUUUUUCUUGUCACUCGCAUGCAUGAUCAUCUUGUUCUGAUAAAACAGUCUCAGACCAAUAGCCCAGUCCCAAUACCUGCUGAUUUUUGCUGUCCUCUCUCUCUUGAGUUGAUGACUGAUCCGGUGAUUGUGGCAUCAGGGCAAACCUAUGAGCGAGCAUUCAUUAAAAACUGGAUUGAACUUGGGCUUACUGUGUGUCCUAAGACACGGCAGACUCUGGCUCACACCAAUCUGAUACCUAAUUACACUGUAAAGGCACUCAUUGCAAAUUGGUGUGAGUCUAACAAUGUGAAGCUGCCUGAUCCUGUGAAGUCAGUCAGCUUCAAUCAAUCCUUACCACUUCUUGUACAUGCUGAGUCUGGUGGCAUGCCCAGGGAUUCACAUGUUUUUCCUCAAUCCAGGGGCAACCAGCUGAUGUCACCUGAGUCAACUCGAUCUACUGGUUCUCCUGGCCGGAAUCGGAUCUCUUGUGGUGGGAUUCAUCGAGAGGAAACUUCUCCACUUCAUCCUCGUUCUACCUCUGAGGGUUCCUUAUCAGGUAUAGUAGGAAAUGAACAGGGUUUGGAUGUGAUGAGAAUAUCACUAACAAGUUCUGAGGAAAGGUCUGCUAGCUUGGAAGAAAGGAGCAUAGAUUCAGUGGUCCACCAUGCUGUAUCACCAUCUAGGAAGGAAGUUUCAAAUGCAGCCAGAGCUGAUGAACCAAUAACUCAGAGCCACAGUAGAAAUUCCUCAGCCUCCAGUGCAAUUGCUAAUGCAAAUUUUUCUCAAGGAGCACAUGGAGAUGCUAAUGAUUCUUCAGAGAUGUCAAACCAUAUUACUUCCUAUAGCAGUGAUAAUUCAGGGGAGGUAAAAGCAGAGCCACAGGCUUCUACUACCUUGAACACCCCUCACAGAGAACCUGAGUUCCCACCCCGUUUGGUUGAGACACGGUCUCGAAGCCAAACAAUCUGGCGGCGGCCUGCAGAUAGGCUUGUUCCAAGGAUAGUUUCUUCUCCUGCUAUUGAAACAAGAGCUGAUCUUUCUGGUGUUGAAACCAAAGUUCGGAAGCUGGUUGAGGACUUGAAGAGUGAUUCAGUUGAUACUCAAAAAGAGGCAACAUCUGAGAUCAGGCUACUUGCCAAACACAACAUGGACAAUAGGAUUGUUAUAGCAAGUUGUGGGGCCAUUAACUUGUUGGUUAACUUGCUUCGAUCAACUGACACAAGCAUUCAGGAAAAUGCUGUCACAGCACUCCUUAACUUGUCAAUUAAUGAUAACAACAAGACAGCAAUUGCGAAUGCGGAUGCUAUUGAACCUCUGAUUCAUGUCCUAGAAACAGGAAGUCCGGAGGCCAAGGAGAAUUCAGCUGCCACUCUCUUUAGCCUCUCUGUGAUUGAAGAUAACAAGGUCAGAAUAGGACGGUCUGGGGCUAUUGGACCUCUGGUUGAUUUAUUGGGGAAUGGAACUCCCAGGGGAAAGAAGGAUGCAGCCACAGCUUUGUUUAAUUUGUCAAUAUUUCAUGAAAACAAAGCCCGGAUUGUGCAAGCUGGUGCUGUUAAGCACCUUGUAGAGUUGAUGGACCCAGCGGCCGGGAUGGUUGACAAGGCAGUUGCUGUCUUGGCUAAUCUUGCAACUAUUCCUGAGGGAAGGACUGCAAUUGGUCAGGAGGGUGGGAUCCCUGUUCUGGUUGAGGUUGUUGAGUUGGGUUCUGCAAGAGGUAAGGAAAAUGCAGCUGCUGCUCUUUUGCAGCUUUGCACGAACAGUAGUAGGUUUUGCAACAUGGUGCUUCAAGAAGGUGCUGUACCGCCGUUAGUGGCUUUGUCACAGUCUGGCACUCCAAGGGCUAAAGAAAAGGCUCAGGCAUUACUUCAGUACUUCAGAAACCAACGACAUGGUAAUGCUAGGGGCUGAUUUAUUUCAGACCAACCAAUCAGCGCCAUCUGAGGUUUUGAUUCAAGUUCUAUACAUAGUGUGUACAUUUGAUGUUGCAAAUAAUGCAUAUUGAGGUUUUGCUGCUUGGAUUUUACUUGUAGAGGAAAAAUUACUUACAGAGAACAUGAUUGAUUCCUCUGUGUAAAACCUUUUUACAAGUGAAUGUGGGAGGAAAAUACAUCUGUUUAGUUUUAUUGUUUCA